AUGGAAGACCUUCAAGUUUGGCAAGAUUUAUCUAAUAUACCUGCUGAUCCACCAGUAAUGCGAGAGCGGUGUCAAAAAUGCGAAAGGCCAUCUGCUGUUUGUUGGUGUGCUGCAUUGCCCCCAGAAAGGUUACAUCCCCAUAGUACUAUAAUCCUUUUGCAACAUCCAGCUGAAGAGAAAAGAUGUCUUCGAACUGCUCCAAUGCUACAACUUGGACUAGCCGAAGACAAGUGCCUUAUAUUUAAAGGGAAGAAGUUUCCUCAACCUCGUCAUGAAAGCUUAGAGAAGAUUUUAGCUCAUGAAAAUACUGUGCUUUUAUACCCAAGUAAAGCCGCUAUAGACAUAAAAGAACUUGACAAUAACUAUAAAUCAUAUAACAUAGUAUUAAUUGAUGGCACAUGGCCACAAGCAAAAGCAAUUUAUGCAUCAAGUACUAUAUUGCAAAGAAUACAACAAGUAAAGCUUGUUACAUCUAGUACAAGUAACUACAUAAUAAGGACACAACCAACAGAAGGCUGUUUAAGUACACUAGAAACUGCUGCAGAAGCACUCUCUCAACUUGAAAGGAAUUCAAUUUAUAGGCAGCAACUAAUUGAACCUUUGCAUAUGCUGUGCAAAUUCCAAUUAGAAAAUGGUGCUGUUACACAUCAAUCAAAAGAAUUUUUAAUUAAAACUAAAACAUAUCCUAAGUUGAUAGGUAAAAGGUUAUCUAAAUUACUACGACAAACUGAAGAUUAUGACGAAAGUCAAAAUAAAACUUGA